GCUGCUUGGUGGCGGUUCGCGGUUUCAGGAUUGUUCAUUGACACUUUGGCACAUUUUCUUCGCUCCUCGUGGGAACCGAUUGGUGGGUGGCAUUAUUGCACAAAAAAGCAAAGUGUGGUGCAACACUCUGCUGUAUGAUUUGAAGCUCAGCGUUUUGCCUGCUGCCGGGAGUGAGUUGUGUAACAUUAUUGCAUCAGCACAUAGCACAUAAGGUUCGGUCUCAAACAAAGGUUUGACACAGCAUCUCUAGCCGGUGAACUGGAAACGAAUCCGCGAAGCCGAGAGUAUUUUGCGCUCGACUUAAUUUGGCUAACUGUACACGAUUGUUGUUAUAAAGCGUGAAUAUUCGACAAACCCGAUUCGCGAGCAAGAUGUCGAUGUCGUUGUCGAAAAGCCGGAAAGCAGCUGUGAACGGAACUAUGAACCAUAUUAAUGGAGAAGUGCGUACCACACAUGCACAGAUGUACGAACGCCGCCACAACCUGUACCCCUCAAAGGUAACAGUGGUCCUCGGCGCUCAGUGGGGCGACGAGGGCAAGGGCAAGGUGGUCGAUAUGUUGGCCGCUGAGGCGGAUAUUGUAUGCCGUUGUCAGGGUGGCAAUAAUGCCGGCCACACGGUGGUGGUUGACGGCAAGAAUUUCGACUUCCACCUGCUACCCAGCGGCAUCAUUCACGAGAAAUGUACAUCUAUUAUUGGAAACGGUGUCGUCAUCCACCUGCCUAGUUUGUUCGAGGAACUGGCCAAGAAUGAAGCGAAAGGGCUAAAAAGCUGGGAGAAACGACUGAUCAUCUCCAACCGUGCUCACCUGGUGCUGGACAUGCACCAGCAGGUGGAUGGUCUGCAGGAAGCAGAAAAGGGUGGAAAGUCACUCGGCACAACGAAAAAGGGCAUCGGCCCGUGCUACUCCAACAAAGCAACUCGCAACGGGAUCCGUGUGUCAGAUCUGCUCGGCGACUUUAAAGUGUUCAGCGAAAAAGUUGAGGCUCUAGCGGUAAUGUAUAAACGCUUGUAUCCCGAUUUUUCAAUCGAUCUGAACAUGGAGCUUGCACGAUAUCGGGAAUUCGCGGAACGGUUGAGACCGUUAGUGCACGACUCGGUGUCGUAUGUGCACGCGUCACUCAAGGAAGGCAAAACCGUCCUGGUGGAGGGAGCAAAUGCCGCCAUGCUGGACAUUGACUUUGGCACUUAUCCAUAUGUAACGAGCAGCAACUGUAGUGUCGGUGGAGUACUGACCGGUCUCGGUCUGCCACCGCAAUCGAUCGGUGAGGUAGUCGGUGUCGUGAAAGCUUACACAACGCGUGUAGGUGAUGGCCCGUUCCCGACGGAGCUCAAGGAUGAAAUAGGAUCUUUGCUCCAGAAACGCGGAGGGGAAAUCGGUGUGACAACGCAGCGAAUCCGGCGGUGUGGUUGGCUCGAUCUUGCCCUGCUCCGAUACACCUCCAUGGUCAACGGUUAUACUGUGGUCUGUUUGACUAAGCUAGAUAUUUUGGAUACACUAGCAAAGAUCAAGGUCGCCGUUAGCUACAAAUUGAACGGUAAGGAGAUCGACUACUUCCCUGGUUCGAUCACCGAUCUAGAGCAGGUGGAGGUGAACUACAAGACCAUGGACGGUUGGUUGAAGUCGACCGAAAAUGUGCGCGAUUUUGCCGAGCUGCCGUCGCGGGCUCAGGAGUACAUUAAAUUUAUCGAGGACAACAUAGGCGUGCCAGUGAAGUGGAUCGGUGUCGGCAAGGACCGGGAGUCGAUUAUCUGCGUAAAAUAAUAGACGAAGCAAAAUGAAAAGCCAGUCGCCGUUUGAGCAGCACCCAGUGAUGAUGAACUUCAGUGGUUUUUCGUUUCGUCUGUUUUGAAAAAAAUCCCUGUCAUCGACGAAA